AUGAGGCAGAAUCUGUGCUGUGUUUUAUUUUUGAUUGUCUGCCUGGCAGUGGUUUUGGUGAAAUCUGAAACAUUCACCGAAAUCGAUGAAGAUGGCAAUGAGAUCGAAGUUAAGCGCUUCUACAUUGAGGGACGUCAAUUAAAUGGUGGUCGUCGGCAGUGCGUGGAGUCACGUAGACGUAAACGUUCCUACCAAGCAGCUGCGAACGAUGAAACUAAGACAGAUUCCUACACAGCGCCCUCGGGUAUUGACACCGCUAUAUCCAUUGAUGAAGAGGAUGAUGGGAAUGACGAACAGCCCAUUGGUGUGGGAGGAUUGCUAGGCGAUAACCACAACGGCAACAAUAAAAAACAGGGUAUGACGGAGUAUAAUGUUGAUGAAGAUGAAGAUGACGAGAGCGAAGAAGAUGAGGCUGUACUAAGUUUACCAGUGGUCGCACAAAUCACACACGAAACUGGCGCUCAAUCAUCGGUGGCUGCCGCUUCUGCCGCUUCUACUGGCGAUAAUGGCAUCGUCAUUGUACAAGGCAAUAUGCCACCCAAGGUUAAUUCACAAACUCAUGCCGUUUUUGAAUUGCGACCGGUUGAAAACGAUAAUGAAGAUAGUAGUGAAGGAUUGGAAGACGAAGUGGAUGAUUAUGAUGACGUAUUGUUUGAGGAGGAAAUUAAUCCAGUGAGUACCUUUGCUAUUUGGUCAACUGGAGAGGAUAAUAGUCCUUUGUCAUAUAGUGGCAAUAAUGAUGACUAUGUAAUUACUCGUAAUGAGGAUGAUGACAUUGACAUCGACGAUCAGACCCCAAUUGCGAAGCCCACAUCCAAACCCAAACCCAAACCCAAGCCGAAGCCCUCUCGGAAGCCAACACAAAAGCCUUCGAGGAAACCGGCAAAUAAGCCUUCGAAAAGGCCUAACGCGAAUCGUUCUUCGAAGCGUCCCAACACCUCGACUAUCAAGCGUCGCGGUUCAGGCAACAAGAAUACCAAGAAUACAAAACGUCGCCCACAAUCCAAUAAACGCGGAGAUAAUAGCGAAACGCUUAAUCGUAAGAAGCACAGACCCAACAAUUUCAAUGUUAAACAGAAUCACUUGAAUAAGUUAGAUAAUUCCGACAAAGGAGAGAAUACUUAUACAAGAACCAUAACCGAAACUCGCACUGGUACGCCGAAUGAUGAAAGGGAUGUCAAUUGCAUCAUUAUAAACAGGACUACUUCUCCACGUCCAUUCUUCGGUCUGUUCGGACGUAGCGCCAAUGGUGACCAAGACCUAAACGACAAGCCCUACGGAAGGAGAAAGCGCAUCAACUUUAGCAUACCCGCAUAA